GGAAAAAAGGGCAUUUAACAGAUUCAUCAUGUAUUUUUCUAGGAAUGAUGCAAAUAACAGAUUUUGCGUUUGAAUUAGAAAUUUGAUAAUAGUAUUUGUUUGUUAGUUUGGUUAUCCACUUUUACUAAAAUUCUUCCUAUAUUCCUAUACUUCUUGUUAUCUCUAUAAAUUUUUCUCUUUCAGCACACCAAGAUUACUUUCGAAUGCACACGUAUUUCUUAUCCACCUCCUAUUUCCACGUUCCCCUUUGAUUUCUACUUCUAUCAUUUUAUUAUUAUAUAAAUAUAAUUCAAGAACUCAUAAAGAAUUGAAAUUUAUUUAUUCUUUUCAUUUUCUCAGUCACAAGAACAAUCAACCCAGAAACUAAAAAUUUAACAAAUUUUUGAAAGAAAAACCAAAAUUAAGGAUGGAUAGUCUUUGUGUAAGAUCUGGGCUUCAUGGGUUGGGCUCAACAAUCCCACUAAAUAACGGGUUGGAUUUAUUUCGGCCCAAUUCAUCAAUUUCCUCCGUGGGUCGAUCAUCGGCGCCGGGAACAAAUGCAGUAUCAGUUGACAAAACGGCGUUGUCUACAACUUCUAUGAUGUCAAAGUUUGCAUCUUUUCAUUACCCAUUUAGAUCUCUGUUUUUCGGGGGAGAUAGAAAGCAAAGGUCUAAAGGUGUAGCCUUGGACGACGCCGUUUUAUUGGAGGAAGAAGACAUGGUGGGUAGUAGUAAUAAAGAAUCUCAAGGGCAAAAUGGGAAUUGGGUUUUGAAAAUCCUCCAUGUUAGGUCUCUUUGGCAAGGUAAAGAUGGUGUUGAAGAUGGUGAGGAGAUAGAAAAUGAAGGGCAAAAUGGAAAUUUUACCUCAUCUUGUUGUGAGGAAGAUGAAGGUUGUAAAUCAUGUGAUUAUGAUGAUGAUGAUGAAGAAAAGGGGAGUAAUGUAGAGUUUGAUAGGAAUUCAUUUUCUAAGAUGUUAAAGAAGGUGUCUUUGGGUGAAGCUAAAUUGUAUGCUCAAAUGUCUUAUUUGGGGUGUUUGGCUUAUUGUAUCUCUAGUAUCAAGCCGGGAAAUCUUCUGAAGCGCUAUCGUCUGCGCUAUGUGACCUCUUCUAUCGAAAAGAGGGAACAAUUAGCCAAAGCGGAAGCAGAGAAACAAGCAACAAGCGAAACAGAAAACAAGGACAGCUACCAAGGUGAGACCGGGAAAUGUGAUGAUAAAACAAACGAAGAAUCUCGAGUGAGAGAAUCAGCGGCUUUUAAGGCUGCGGCUUCUGCUGCUUCUUAUUUGCAUUCGCGGUCUAGAGCCUUGUUUCCUUCUAGCUCUUUAAACGAUAAGGAGGAUCAGAACGCUGUUAGUGGGAGCAAUGGAAAUCUUGACAUUAAUUCCGAGAUGGCUUCUCUUAUGGUUACUACGGAUUCAGUAACAGCUGUGGUUGCCGCGAAAGAGGACAUCAAGCAGGCGGUCGCAGAUGAUUUGAGUUCGAUGAGCUGUUCUCCAUGUGAAUGGUACAUUUGUGAUGAUGAUAAAAGUGCUACUAGAUAUUUCAUCAUUCAGGGAUCUGAGACACUAGCUUCUUGGCAGGCUAACUUGCUCUUCGAACCCGUCCAAUUCGAGGGUCUAGAUGUGCUUGUGCAUAGAGGCAUAUAUGAAGCCGCAAAAGGCAUGUAUCAGCAGAUGUUGCCCGAAAUUCAUGCCUAUAUGAAGACUCAUGGUAGCCGUGCCAAAUUUCGAUUCACCGGUCAUUCACUUGGUGGAAGUUUGUCGUUAAUUAUAAAUCUCAUGCUGUUGAUGCGAGGCGAGGUUCCAUAUUCCUCGCUUCUUCCUGUCAUCACUUUUGGUUCACCCAAUGUCAUGUGUGGCGGUGAUGGGCUGCUACGCAAGCUCGGGUUGCCUAAGAGUCAUAUUCAGUCUGUAGUGAUGCACCGUGAUAUUGUACCCCGAGCUUUCUCUUGUAACUACCCUAGGCCUGCUGCGCAAUUGCUCAAGGCCGUAAAUGGAAGCUUCCGAAACCAUCCUUGCCUCAAUAGUCAGAAGCUACUCUAUGCACCUACAGGUGAGAUGCUCGUUUUACAACCGGAUGAGAAAUUCUCUCCACGACACGACCUACUUCCUUCGGGAAGUGGUCUAUACCUCCUUACUUGCAAUGUCAGUGGUGCAAAAGAAGGGGAGAAGCUACUCCGAGCUGCAAAGAUCGCUUUUUUGAAUAUUCCCCACCCGCUAGAGAUCCUAAGUGACCGCUCUGCCUAUGGAAACGGUGGGACUAUCCAACGAGAUCAUGACAUGAGCUCCUACCUCAAGUGUGUGCGGGGUGUGAUUCGUCAAGAGCUCAGCCGAAUCAGGAAAGCCGAGAGGGAACGGCGCCGUAAGGUGUGGUGGCCUCUCGUAAACCCACGAGUCACGGAUAAUAAAAUCGUCCUAGGACCAAUUAAUUUGGGUCGGGCACAAUUCAAAUUUUCCGGGAUUGUUAAAACCGGGAGAGAAUCAUUGAAACGGUUCAGUCGGCUUGUUGCAUCACAGCAUAUGCACUUGCUUGUUGUGCUCUUGUUUCCUGCAAGAUUGCUCCUAAUAGGUGCAUACAGUGUGAUUAAUUCUAGUUAAUGCAGACAAAUGUACAGAAAUUGUUUGGAAAAAUUCUUUAUUCAUUGGGAUUUAGAAGCUCUACAUAGUUUUUCAACUGUGAAGAGCACUAGGCAUAUUCUUGAUCAUUAGAAAGGAAAUUUAACGUCAAAAGAAAAAGAAAUACCAUUGUAAUCUUUUUUCUUUUUGAGAUGUAAUUUUAGUUAUAAGUAUAUAAAUUUGUUAGUAAAAAAAUUGUAAAAUUGAAAUCUAUGCCAGGCAAAAAUCUUGUAUGUUUUCCAUGAAGUAUGGAUUUUAAAUAAAUUAUUUGUACAAUAAUAAGGUAAAGUUUUGUA